AUGAAUAUGAAAAGUACAAUGUCAGAGUACGGUAUACAGUCACCAGAAUCAGAGAAGACGACAGAUUCAAAUAAUAUUUCAGAAGCUGAAGACUAUGAAAGACUGGGAUAUAACUAUGGAUGGGCACGCAGUAGGAAAUUCUUAAAACAGUUGGUCAAGGAUAAUAUUGACCUAUCGUUAGUAGAAUACGAAAUUCUACGACAUUCGAAGAAUAAAAGGCCAAAGUCGUGGAGGCAGUGUUUUCUAGUGUGCCUUCGAAGUAAUAUCCUACAAAUAUUUAUGUCCAUAUUGGUACUACUUGAUGCAGGAAUUGUCAUCAGUGAAAUAGUUUUAGAAAUACAAUCACUUCAAACCUAUAAAAGUAAUUUCCGUUCCCAACUUGAAGAAUUUCGUCAUAUUGUAUGUACCUUAAUGUAUACUACUACACCAAAUAUUGAACUACCAUAUCAAUGUUAUUCUGAUGAACGUGGAUUAUAUUUUGAAAGAAAUAAUGCAAAAUUGAAAAAUGCCUCAAUGUACAAUAAAACUACCUAUACUACUACUACUACACAGAAUCAAACUUUUUCUAAUGAACAAGUAAAUCGUGUAAAAAUAUUUACAGAAGAAUCAAAUUAUACUAAUCCAAGUCCACGGAUAGAAAUGACGGAUCAUCAUCAUUCUAAACUUGCUAGUCAACUUGAGAAAGAUGAUGUAUUACUCAUGGAUAUAUGUAGUUUCUUAUCACAUUGGAAUAAAAUAUAUGGGUCGUCUAUAAAGUGUAUUUUAAAUCCUGAAGAAAAGCACACUACGGAAUUGUUUUCGCAUUCAAGCAUCGCAAAUCCUUCAGACAUUGCUACAAUAACAAAUGCUCAUUCGGAAGAACAUUCAGUAGAUUUUAACAACCAUAGACAAAGAAAUUUCCGCUCAAAACGUCCAUCUACAAUUUCCCCUGUAAAUAAUAUCCCUAAUCUUCAUGAAGAUGUAUCUAUCAAUGAAUUAUUACCAUAUUUCAGUGGUGUACACUCUGAAGAAUUUUGUGGAGAUUCACAAAUGAAAACACAUCAGAUUGGAGCAAGAGCACUGCAUGAAGCCUCUGAAAUUUUGCAUUAUUUAAGUAUUGCAAUCACAGCCUUAUUCUUUUUAUGCGUAUUAUUAAAAUUAGUUUGCCUUGGCAAAGAAUUUUUUCGAGAUACAAAUGAAUAUUUUGAUGGAGCGAUUAUAGUAGCAUCACUUGCCUCCGAUGUAUUAUAUGUCCGUUAUGUAUCUGAAACUGCAGCUGCAAUGGUUGUACUUCUAUUGUGGAGAAUUAUACGAAUAAUAAAUGCUCUAAUGAUGCAUAAAAAGCAACAGUAUGAAUUUCGGAUAGCAAUGCAAAAACGAUCAAGAAGAGUGAUGGGUAGAAAAAUGGAAGUUAUACGCACAGAAAAAGAAAUGCAAGAUAAACAUAUCUUAGCCUUAGAAAACUUGCUCAAAGAAAUGGGAGUUUCACAUGAUGCAAUACGCAAAUGUAAACCCUUGUAUAAAAAAUGUACAAAAGAACAAACAAACAAUGCUUUGAAAUCGAUUGCAGCUUUAACAACAGGAUUUAUGGGUGGUCUUGUCGGUGCGCCAUCACAUGUACAAGGUGUUAUAUCAAGAUAUAGUAAAAGUAAAUUUUCUAGUACACAAAAUUUUGCACAAUCAACAUUUUCACAGUCUGAAUCCCUCAGUGUUUUAUCUAAAUAUCAACGUGAAUCAGUGCCAAGAUUAGUACAUAUUCAAGUUCCUGGUAGUAAAUGUUUAAAAGAUCAUCAAAUAUGCAAUAAUUAUGGUACAAAUUAUCCCUUCAAUGAAAGUGAUCAGGUAACACAUGAAAUUAAAAAUUAUCGUUCAGCACAAUCAACCUGUGAAGACAGUGUAGCAUUUGAUGAAUUAUUAAAAAGGCCACGUGCAUUAAGUUUAAAUCCCCAAGAACAUUGGAGUUCACUUCAGGAUAAACAAUUUCGUUCUUUAUUAUUACAAAGUGAAUCGACAACAAAAUUAACAAAAAGUUCAAAUACUCUAAAAUAUCCUAAUGAUGAUGAUGCUAUGAUGUGUGAUAAAACAGAAAAGUCAUCACCGUCAAUAUUUUUAAGACAUACAUCAAAUGAGACAUUAAAUGAAACAUUAUCAGUUAAUUAUUUUACUAGAAGUACAAAAGGUCAUUAUUUUUUAAAAACAUUGCCAAAUUUAUUUAAAAAAGCCUUACAUAUAAAUAAGCAUAAAACAAAUAUUUUAACUGAAGAAGAAGGUGAAACCAUUGAACAAGAAAGUUAUGAAAAAAGUGGGCGAAAAGAAGAUGAGAAUGAGAAUGAACGUUAUUCAUUGCAUGAAUUAGAACAAUCCAAUAGAAUAAUAACCAGUUCAUAUCCACAUUCACAGACAACAUCAACUGUUCAAGAAGUUUUAGAAAUGGAUGAAACAAUCCCUAUGAUUCAUUUAAGUGAAUCGAAUGGAUUUACAAAUUCGACAACAGAUAUUAUUUAUAUGAAGGAUAAUAAACUCGGCAGGAAUACUAACGGGGAUUAUUGGAUUCAACCAGAUGUUAUUAAGGGAAUGAAUUCGAAUUUGUCCUCUGAGCAUACACCAAAUAAUCAUAAUGUUAAUAAUAAUAACAGUGUGAAUAAACAGUCCACAAAAUCUCUUAAUACAAAAAGUAAUGAAUUAUGCACGAAUAGAAAAGAAUCUGAUGAACAGAUAUGGAUACUUCAACCUGGUUAUAUUUGGUGUCAGUCUGAAAACCAGGCAAAGUUAACUGUGAAGAAAGAGAAACAUCUUGCAUCAAAGUUUUUUUUACAAUUUUUACAAAGUAGUGGCAGAAGUCAAGUCAAUUUAGAAUAA